CGCUCUCUGACGGUCGGUGUACAGGCAAGCUAGCAGGCGUUGCGCUACGCCAUUGUUGAAAAGGGCAGCGCUCGAGGCGCACGCCGAGCUCGGACGCUUACACAGUUUUUUUCACUUUUCACCCAUCCCGUUGCUGUGAUAUUAGAUUGUUUUAUACCCCAUAUUAGAAACGAGGGAACUUCGUUAAAGAAAAUGGAAGACGACCAGCAGUUCUGCCUUAGGUGGAAUAAUCACCAGAGUACAUUAAUUCAAAACUUCGACACGCUGCUCGAAAGCGGGACGCUGGUCGACUGCACGCUGGCGGCGGAGGGGAAAUACUUAAAAGCCCAUAAGGUUGUUCUCUCCGCGUGCAGUCCUUAUUUCGAGGGCCUCCUCAGUGAACACUACGACAAGCACCCGGUUUUCAUAUUAAAAGAUGUUAAGUUUAAAGAAUUAAAAGCAAUGAUGGACUAUAUGUACAGGGGAGAAGUAAAUAUCUCCCAAGACCAAUUGGCAGCACUUCUUAAAGCCGCUGAGUCUCUACAAAUUAAGGGUCUCUCAGAAAGUAAAACGGGUGGUAGCAGUAAGACGGACUCCUCUAGGCAACAAAAGGUCGUUCCACAAACAACGCCACCGUCGUCGUCAGACAUUCCACACGCGUCUUCCGGGCUCACUAUAGAAAAGAACAAAGUUCCUAGGCAGGGUAUGGCGCAAGGUUCCGUAGGGGACCUGCCUGAAGACUCGGCCAGUCCCCAAAUACCUAAGGGUCUCUCCUCGAGGGAGGGCUCCCAAAGUCCACUUCCGAGGAAAAGAAAAAGGUACAGAAGAAGAAGCGUCGGUGAAGAUAAUUCGGUAGAGAAUCAUGAGGCUUCGAAUUCAAGCGAUAUGCCUCAACAAAUGGGUGUUCCUGCGCUUGGAAUUGCACCCGUAGCGGACGAAAAAACCCAUGCAGACCCUACAGACUCUAUUGGUAGGUCAGCCUUAAUGACGCAGCUGACGAAACCUGCGGAUGAAAUGCUACAGUUGCCAUUGGAAAAGCCAGAGCCCAAUGACAGCCUUAUAGAGCCAAAGUCUGAGUAUUUAGAAGAUCAGGAAGAAAGCGUCGAAGAUCUGACGCUGGAUGACGAUAUGAACGAUCUGAACGAGAUGGAACAAGAUAACAAUAGAGCCGGGCCCUCCCACGACCCCUCCCAACACCCUGCAGGUAUAGGUGCGUGGCACGUUACCGGAGAUCGAAGUAACGCGGGAGGAGUCGUGGGCUCGGUGGCAGGAGCUCCAGGAACGACGGACGAAGUCUUUCUUGCAGCCCAGGAGGCCGCCCAGGCCCACCGGGACUCUCAAGAUUACUCGAAAAUGAAGUUCUACGUGAGCCGAAUGCCGAAGGAACAGCGAAGAUCGCGUGGACAAGGACGGUUCGCGUGCGACAAUUGCGACCGUCGUUAUCAUCAGAUGAAGAAUUUGAGGAGGCACAUGAUCAACGAAUGCGUGGAGUCCAAUUAUCCUGCGACCUCGGUGUUCAAGCACACCUGUGCUACCUGCGGCAAGACGUACAAGCACAAGCACCACCUGAAGAGGCAUCACGACUUCGAGUGCGGCAUCGAUCCAAAGUUCAAGUGCGCGUUCUGCCCGCACAGGACCAGAUACAAGGACAGUCUGAUGAAGCAUAUACUGGCGAGACAUCAGCAUCUCCUCGAUCAGAAUCCUCGAUACAGGUUGCAACAGGUGGACGCGAUGACCGAUCUCGAUGGGAAUGUGCACUACAGCUCGUCGAAUUGGACGGUGCCGACGUUACCAUCGACGUCUCGCGUGGUCGCGUACACUAGGCAUCUGCGCUCGAUGAACGAGCACGGUGGCAAGGUGCGACGAUGGGGGCCAAGAAAGUACCUGUGCACCGAUUGCAACCGAAAUUUCGAGCUGAUGGCCUCGUUGACGCGUCACAGGAUCUUCGAGUGCAACAAGCAAGCGAUCGCCAGCGAGAGGGGUGUUCAAGACCAGCCGCCCGCCGGUGAACGAAGGAGGAGGAAGAAGAAAUACGUUUGCCCGAAUUGCAAUCGCGUCUACGCGGUGUUCACCUCUCUGUGGAGGCACACCAAUUACGAGUGCGGCGUCGAGCCGAAAUUCACCUGUCCCAUAUGCAAAUUUAGGUUUUCCCAAAAGAGCAACCUCGAUCGACACAUUAGAACCAAACAUUGA